AUGGCCGCACCGCAACCUGAUUAUGUUGUUAUCGGAAACUGUUUCGAUCGACUCCGCGAUGAAGUCAUCAAAAUUCAGAACCAACCAGGCACAGCUCAACAGAUUGCAAAUUUUGCCCAUGAUACUAACAAUUGUUUCGAUCGCAUCGCUGCACAGCUCGAGAAUGUUACUAUACAGCUCGGGAAUGUUACUACACAGCUCGGGAAUCUUACCGCUCGAGUCGGAGCCGUUGAGGAUCAGCUCCUAGUACAUAACCAGAGCAACCGAUGCCAAACCUUAAUCCUCAAGUGCCACGCCCUGCGAAUAGAUCUGAGCUUCAGCUAUAUUCCGCGGAGAAAUGUCAAGCUCUAA